AAUGUUGGUAAACCUUUGUUGUGAAGUUAGAUAUUCACUUCAAAAGAAUCGGAGCAAAGAUGGACUCCUAAGAAAUUUUUAUACAUAGCGGUCAUUCGACUUUGGAUUUUCUUCAUUAAAUUUUCUUGAAACGUUCGAGAUUAUUCUUAUAUGACCAAGUUUGCUGUGUAAACAAUGAUUGUACAGGAGCCAGUGCAGGCGGCCAUAUGGCAUUGUUUAAAUCAUUAUGCUUAUCCAGAUGCAAUAUUUUUAGCGGAAAGGUUGUGUGCAGAAGUUGAUACAGAAGAAACUUUAUUUCUUUUGGCAACAUGUUAUUAUCGAUCAGGACGAAUUAGACAAGCUUAUGCAUUACUUUCCAAAAAAGCACCAAAUUCUGCACAAUGCAGGUUUCUUUUAGCCAAAUGUUGUUAUGAUUUAGAGAAAUAUGCAGAAGCAGAAGCAGCAAUAAUUGGAGGAUAUUAUAAGCAGUUAAAAAAUUUGGAAGAAAUAGCAACUCAAUUUGGAGAACAUGCAUGUUUCUCACUUCAGAUUAUAGCGAAGAUUUAUUACAAGAUGAUGCGUACAGCAAGGAAUGAUGCACAUAAAUUGGCUUUGAAAUUAAAUCCAUUUCUUUGGCAUUCAUUUGAAGAAUUAUGUAAUGUUGGUGAAGUAGUAGAUCCUACAAAAAUUUUUCAGUUAGAUAAGCUAGAUAAUUUUGCAAUGUGCCAUGGUAGUACACCUCCACCUACUUAUACAACUGAAUCUGAUCUCAUCGUACCUACUAAUAAUUCUAAUAGUACACCUACUACAAAUGGUACUAGUAUUACUCCUGCACAAAUGACAACGGCAUCAACUAUAAUCAAUGGUGUGGGACCUGGUAUACGAUUAUAUUCUACAGAUGAAAGUCCACAAACUUUGUCUACACAUUAUACUAACUGUUCUUCAAUAUCACCAAGAGCUAAGCUUCCACGGUAUCGUAGUAUGUUCAAUAAUACAAUGAGCCCUCUUACUCCAACUUUUGGCAUUUUACCGUUGGAAAGUAAUACACCUGAACCAACAGUUUUACCUUCACAUACUACUCUUACAGAAGCUAAUGAUCAAAAAAGUUUAGCAAAACGUGUUAGUAGUUUAAGGGCUCAUGUAGGGCAAUUAAUGUCAAGAAAAGAAACUCCUUUACAGCAAGGGAAACCAGUAUUUUCACAAUCAGGAAAUACGAGUAAUAGCGCAAAUAUAGUAACAGUUACACCUACUACCCCAACACCAGCAGCACCAACACUACAAGGAACCAAUGUUAGACGUUCAUCAAGACUCUUCAGUCAUAGCUAUUCAGUCAAGGAAAAUAAUAAAUCUCCAAAUAGAAAUAAAUUUGCUACUCCAAAGUCUCCAUCUCGUAAAACAAAAGCUAGACUUUCAAAAACUAAUUUAAAUAAAGCUAAUUUUAAUGAGUUAAAUGAAAGAAAUCGAAAUGAAAAAGAAAAAACUGAAACAAUUACAUCAGAAAAAGCUGUAUCUAGCGUAAAUAUAUUAAAUAAUCAAGGUAGUACUAAUAUCUGUGCAGUAACACUUCAAAAACAAUGUGCUGAAGGUUUAAUGUCAUUAUUACAAGAAUUAGGAUUGGCAUAUCAACAUUUAAGUCAAUUUAAUUGUACUCAAGCUGUUGAAAUAUUAAGCGUUCUUCCAGCACAACAUUAUAAUACAGGAUGGGUAUUAUCUAUGCUAGCUCGUGCACAUUUUGAAAUGAUAGAUUAUAAGAAAGCUGCUAGUUAUUUUGCUGAAGUGAGACAAUUGGAACCUCAAAGGACUGAACUUAUGGAAAUUUAUAGCACAGUUUUAUGGCAUUUGCAUGCUGAAGUACAAUUGUCUACUCUUGCACAAGAACUUGUAUCUGAAGAUCGUAAUUCUCCAGCUGCUUGGUGUGCUACUGGAAAUCUAUUUUCUGCACAAACAGAACAUGAAACAGCAAUUAAAUUCUUUCAAAGAGCAAUUCAAGUAGAUCCCAAUUUUCCAUAUGCUUAUACACUACUUGGUCAUGAAUAUGUUUUGACAGAAGAAUUGGAUAAGGCAAUUACUGCAUUUCGUAAUGCUAUCAGACUCGAUCCUAGGCAUUAUAAUGCAUGGUUUGGAUUAGGAACAAUAUUUUCUAAACAAGAGCAAUAUAGUCUAGCAGAAUUGCAUUUUCAACGUGCUUUACAAAUUAAUCCACAAAAUUCGGCAAUAAUGUGUCAUAUCGGAGUUGUGCAACAUGCAUUAAAAAAAACUGACGAAGCUUUAAAAACUUUAAACACCGCAAUUUCAAAUGAUCCCGAUAAUACAUUGUGUAAAUUUCACCGUGCAAGUAUUAAUUUUUCAAUUGGUCGCCAUAUGGAAGCACUUAGAGAAUUUGAAGAAUUAAAAAAUAUUGUACCCAAAGAAUCUCUAGUCUAUUAUUCAAUAGGAAAAGUACAUAAGAAAUUGGGUAAUACCGACCUUGCACUAAUGUACUUUAGUUGGGCAACAGAUUUAGAUCCAAAGGGAGUCAACAGUCAAAUUAAAGAAGCUAUAUUAGGUCCAGGUCAAGGAGAAGAAGAAUCUCCAGCAACUCAAUCAGACGAACAACAGAUGCAGAAUAAUUCAAUGGAACAAGAGAUUGAAAGUAAUAGAGAAGCAAGUGCCGCAGGACUCGCUGCAAAUGUCUCAGUUGAAGCUCAUGCCGAUGACAGCGACGAUAGUUUAUGAAGAUAUCCUAUUGUGUGCAAGAUUGCUAUAAAAUGAACAUUAUUGCGCGUCAUUAUUUAUCUUUUGUGUUGAUCGAUUCGAUCAAUUUUUCAACUAAUUUAGCUCAUUGUGAAUUCAUAUUUUUGCGUGUAUUUCGUCUGAACAGUGCUUUAUUAUUAGACUUUUAAUAUUUAUAUUUUUUUCUUAGUUCACUUCUUGAUAGUGUUGCAUCUUUUUGAGAAGCUAAAAAAUAAGGUAAAAACCAUUCUUUGGAACAUAUUGGUUAUUUUUUCCAUCUCUGAAAAAAGGUAUUUAAAUGAUUGAUAUUCUCUAAGAGAGAAAAAUGUAUGAAUGAGAGAGAAAGAGAAUGCAUGGAGAAAGGAGCGAGACAGAGAGAGAGAGAGAGAGAAAGAGAGAAUCAAUAAUAUCUAUUUCAUCGAUUUUGUACAUUACGCGUUCUACUGUAUAUUUUUUACGAUUGCUUGUCUUACUUUUAUAUAUAUAUGUUCGAAUGUUUAAUCACUUUCGUCGAUUUACGGUUGAAUAUAGACUGUAUUGUGUGUAUGUGUGUGCGCGCAUAUAUGGGCGAAUGUAAAUGUAAGCAUGUCGUAAUAGAAAAACGUAAAUAGAUAGGAAAUAUAAUUAAUUAAUUGAAGAAGUAUAAAUGUAAAUUAUUAUUAUAUUAUCAAUAUUAUUAUCACCAUUAGUGCUACCAGUACUACUAUUCAUAUAAUUACCGUUGCCGAUUUAGUGAUAACAAAAAAAAAACAAUAAAAAAAAUAUUUUUGGCCAUUUUAGUGGCCAUUGGACGAUCGUGCAAUUCUCGUCGUGAAAUAAUCAUCGAUGGAUUGAUCUUCUUGAACUGGUUUGAUAAAAAAUAGAUAGUUUCAUACAUGUCAUUGGGUAAUAGAUCUAAA